AAUAUCUGAUAAGACACUUCCAUCCAAAAAACCUCCAUGAGACUGAGCUCGUUAUCUUCCAUUGCAGUAUGCAAUAUUUUUCCCACAUCUCCUCAGAAAUACAUACAGAGGCCUGGCCUGGUGCUGUGCUGGUUUCUGCUCUGGAUCUCUCUGCAGCCUCGCUCCCUCCACUCGGUGUCAGCUGUCAACCUGCGGCGCUUCAUCGGCUGCGCAGUCCGCGAGUUCACUUUCCUGGCCAAGAAGCCUGGUUGCGGGGGGCUGCACAUCACUACGGAUGCCUGCUGGGGGCGCUGUGAGACCUGGGAGAAACCCGUCCUGGACCCGCCCUACAUAGAGUCCCACCAGCGGGUUUGUACCUACAACGAGACUCGUCUGGUCACUGUGAAACUGCCUAACUGUCGGGCUAACGUGGACCCAACAUACACCUACCCUGUCGCCCUGAGAUGUGACUGUGGUGUUUGUGCGACCAGCACCACUGAAUGUAUAUCAGCUGUGUAACACAACCAUGAACAGGCAGAAUGAUUAUUUCUCUAAGUACAUGCUUUUAUUUGAAAUCUUUGUUGGGAAAAACUGGAUCAGCUAUCAUUUCAUUUGACUCUGUUUAGAUCAAUUCCUUCUUAGGAUUCUUGCCCUGAUUCUGUAGUAAACCAGAAGUGCUGUAACAGAA